CCUCAGGAUUGGUGAGCACCAACAGGUGCCUUCCCCACAGGCUUCCCAGUACAAACACAUUCCGCCCACUCGUCACUCCCAGCACCCAUGUACCAAUGGAGCCAUGACCACAAAGAGACGAAAGGACAAGAGGGAGAUACAUUAGCUGAACACUCUGCGUUACUGGAGGUGCCUUGUAAUCGCAAUUCCACUGAAGGUGUACAGGUGAAUGCCGUACUGAGAAAAGUGUCUUUUUAGGGACGAUUCAUUGAGAUUUCAGGUUAAAACAUCACUGUUCCUGUACAGCGGAGAACAAGGCCGUGAACAAGGAUUGGCUCGUAAAUAUUAAGAUGUCAUGACUGCAACGAUUGGGCAAAUGACGAGAAUGAACUUUCAUGUCAGGAUGAAGGCAUUUAUCUUCGUAUGCAGCUGCUUUUGUUUCACUUUUACCGGGGCCUCAGAAACAGAGCGAAGGCUCCAUCAGAAGCUCUUUAAAAACUACAACAUGAAAGUAAGACCAGCUCGAUACUGGGAGGAGAAGGUGAUGGUUCGAGUUGGGAUGACUCUCUCGCAGCUCGUCAGCUUGAACGAGAAGAACGAAGAGAUGACAACCAAUGUGUUCAUGAAUCUGGCAUGGACAGACUAUAGGUUGGCGUGGAACCCAGACGAAUAUGAUGACAUCACUGUGUUGAGGAUUCCUCCCAACAAGGUGUGGCGUCCUGACAUCUACCUCAUAAACAAUAAUGACGGUCAGUUCGACGUGGCUCUUUACGUCAACGUCUUGGUGUACAAUGAUGGGACAGUCAACUGGCUUCCUCCAGCCAUCUACCGCAGCUCCUGCUCUAUAGAGGUGUCAUACUUCCCUUUUGACUGGCAGAACUGCAGCAUGGUUUUCCGCUCAUACACCUACGACGCCUCAGAGGUGGAGUUGCACUACUUUCUGGAUGAAAACGGCAACGAGAUUCAUGAGAUUGUUAUAGAUGAGAACGCCUUCACCGAAAACGGAGAAUGGGCCAUCUGUCACAAACCCAGCAGAAAGAACGUGAAAGAGGACCUGUAUGAGGACAUCACCUUCUACCUCAUCAUAGAGAGGAAGCCUCUCUUCUACAUCGUCAACAUCAUCGUGCCCUGCAUCCUCACCAUGGUGCUGGCUAUAUUUGUCUUCUACCUGCCUCCCGGAGCAGGAGAGAAGAUGACUCUCUCCAUUUCUGUCCUCAUCGCUCUGACUGUCUUCAUGCUCCUGCUGGCUGACAAGGUCCCUGAAACCUCCCUCGGCAUCCCAAUUAUCGUCAACUACGUCAUGUUCACCAUGAUCCUAGUCACAUUCUCUGUCAUCUUAAGUGUAGUUGUCCUCAAUCUGCACCACCGGACGUCCAGCACGCACAUCAUGCCACACUGGGUUCGAAGGGUGUUCAUUCACUUCCUGCCCAAGUACAUCGGCAUGAUGAGGCCGAACCCAGAGGAGCCUCUCUCAGAGGAGGAGGAGUCGAGUGAGGAGAAGCCCGUCCCGAGCUACAACAGCAGGCAGCCUGGUGGAGAGUACUUCUUUCGCAAGCUCAACCCCGAUCUGGUCUUACCCUGGAGAGGCAGAUGUGAGAGCACAGUGCAGCUCCAGCGGCUCCCGGACACUGACAGCUUCUGUCUGAUCCUCCCUCCCAACCUGAAGUCCGCCAUCGCCGCCGUGACAUACAUGGCCGAUCAGCUGAAGAGGCAAGACACGGACGACACGAAGACUGGCAGUUCAUCGCUCUGGUGGUGGACCGCCUCUUCCUGUGGUUGUUCGUCAUCAUCACCACCCUGGGCACCCUGGCCAUGUUCUUGGACGCUAGCUUAAACUACACACCCGACAACCCCUUCCCAUAGGAGAUAAAACACACACACACACACACACACACACCAAAACACACAAUCCUACUUUCCAUUAAUGAAUGAAUACUAUUGUUGUCCAGAUUGCUGAGACACAAACUCCAUGAUUACAGGAUCAAUGUGCAGAUUUUAAGAAGAUACAUGUAUAUGUGGCAACACUGUUUUUUUGUGUCUAAACAUGUUGUAAACUUUGUUAUUUAAGUCUAAAACAAACCUUCAAAUACAAGUUUCUUGAAAGUGG